AUGCUGCGCUACCUGCUGGAGACGCUGCUGCAGAUGAACCUCUUCGCGGACUCGCUGGCGGCCGGCGACGGGCUGGCUAACUCUUCGGAGCUGCUGCUCAGCUUCAACUCUUCGGCCCUGGCUGCGCUGAGCCCCGGCGGUUUCCUCGACCUGGCCAACGUAACCGGCGGCAACGCUUCUCGUCCUCGCCUUGAGGAUUCAUCUCCACGGAUAAUAGAGCAUCCGUCCGACCUCAUUGUAUCUAAGGGGGAACCAGCAACGCUCAACUGCAAAGCCGAAGGGCGGCCCACGCCCAUCAUUGAGUGGUACAAAGAUGGUGAACGAGUGGAAACCGACAAGGAAGAUCCCCGGUCUCAUCGCAUGCUGCUGCCCAGUGGCUCCCUCUUCUUCCUGCGCAUCGUGCAUGGACGGAGGAGUAAACCGGAUGAAGGCGUUUAUGUUUGUGUCGCUAGAAACUAUCUGGGUGAGGCUGUCAGCAGGAAUGCCUCCCUGGAGGUAGCCA